AUGUUUGUCCUUAAUCGAAAAGCGCACUUGUCAAAAUAUUGGUUUCUAUAUGGCAUUUUUCUUUCAAUUCUAUUAGCUUUUAUUUAUCCCGAAUUGGGUUCAAAAGAAGGUCCAUUGAAACCUGACUCAACUAUCAAAUUCUUAGGAACAAUGAUUAUUUUCUUGCUCAAUGGUUGUUCUAUACGAAGUGAAGAAUUAUAUCAAACUAUGCUUCAAUAUCGAAUUCAUUUGUCGAUUCAAGUCUUCUCAUUUUGCAUUUGUCCAAUUCUAUUUCUCAUUUUAUCGACAAUCUAUCGACUAUUGACAUAUCAGUAUCAACUUGCGAUGGGAAUAAAAGCUUUGGGAACAUUACCAUCUCCGGUUUCUACAGCAGCUUUUGUUGUUCGAGCUAUCGGUGGAAAUGAAGCAAUCGCUAUGUUAAAUUCAACGAUUGGCAGCUUAUUAGGCACUCUGCUCACGCCUGUUCUUCUUUAUAUCAUGCUUGGUGGAACGUUGACAAUACCGAUCGCGAUUGGGCAAUUCUUACGUAUCUAUUUUCCACUGGUUGUCAACCGAACGAUACCGUACUCCAAUACAAUCAAUAAUUGGAUAUUGUUAAUCAAUAUCUAUACAACAUUUUGUCAAACAUUUAAACAAAGUGGCUCGAUGAGUUUAACAUUUGUUAAUUUGCUGAUUUUGCUCUUGACAAUUUUUAGUAUCCAGAUAUUUUUAACCGGUCUCCUGUUUUUCGCUUGUCGAAGGCUUCACAUUCGUCCAAGUGAUACUAUUGCGAUCGUGUUCUGUGGCAGUCAAAAAUCUCUGACAACAGGAAUGCCUAUUCUACAAACGAUCUUUCCUGAGAACACUUCUAUAACGAUACCAUUGUUGAUCUAUCAUCCGAUGCAAAUUAUUCUCGGCAAUUAUUUAACACCUGUAUUUCAACGUUGGCUGAAAGAUGCGAAAUAUGAAUGGCAUCAUAAAAUCCGAGGAAGAGUCUAA